ACACACAAAACAUUGAAAAUAACAUGUAUAUUCCUAAGAAUUAUUUAGAAGAAAACUGGGAACAAGUUGAAUAUUUAGUUAAGAAAUAUCCUCUUGGUACCGUUAUCACUACUGCAGAGGAUGGAACCAUAAUUGCCAAUCACAUUCCUUUCUUUCUUAGACAAGAUGAAGAAACCGGUAAGAAAUAUUUGAUUGCUCACAUGGCCAAGGCAAACCAUCAACUUCCAACUUUGAGAGCUUAUGAAAAUGUCUUGGUGGUUUUCCAAUCACAGGAUACUUACAUUACUCCUAAUUAUUACCCAGGUAAACAGGAAACUCACAAGUACGUUCCAACUUGGGAUUUUGCCUGUGCUCACAUAUAUGGAAACUCACGGAUUGUCGAUGAUGCUGACUUUGUUAGAGAUCAAAUUACUAGAUUGACAAACCAACAGGAAGCUGGUAAACCCGAUGCUUGGAAAGUUAGCGAUGCCCCAGAAGGGUUUUUAAGAGCUAUGCAAAAGGCUAUCACAGGACUUGAAAUCGAAAUCACUAGAACUGAAUGCAAGUAUAAGAUGGAACAAAAGAUGAAGAAGCCUGAUAUCGAAGGGGUAAUUGAAGGUUUAGGUAAUGAUGGCCAAGAGGCAAUCAAGAAUUUGGCCAUCGAUGCUAAUAAGAGAUACGAUGCCAAGAAAGCUAUUUAGAAAAGUACAACCCAAAUAUUAAUAAUACAAAAUAUGAAGAGUAUAUAGUCGUUUGUUUAAUUUAUUUUCUUUUUUUUUAUUUACAUUCCAUAUAAUAAUACAAAGGAAGAACAACUAAACAACCGAGAGAUAUCUAUGCAUUGAAUUAGUACGGGGUAAAUCUGGCACCGCCUCUAAAUGCUCCUCUUCCCCUUCCCCUUCCUCUUGGAGCACCUCUAAAGGAACCUCUACCUCCUCUUCCUCCUCUGAAUGCACCACGCUUAAUUCCAAUUCCGGGAAUAUUUGUUCUUUUAGCACUGACUUUUAAUUGACGAUCUCUAAACAUUGAUCCGUCCAAAGUGGCUACCGCUUUGUUUACACCGUCCACAUCAGCAAAUUCUAAAUACGCAAACCCCUUAGGUUGACCAGUAUGCUUGUUCAUCAAAAUUGUGACUCUAUUGACAAUUCCACAACUCGAGAAAUGUUGUUGUAACUCCAAUGGAGUCGACCCAUAGUCUACAUUACCGAUAUAAAUAGAUCUAGCGUCAACAUCUCUUUUUUCUUCAUCGGUUUGUGGAGUAAUACCACUCAUGGCAGUGUCAUUGCUUAAUUGAGAAUGGAGCUCUCUUAAUUUGGCUGCUUCCCUUUCCAUUUCUUCAAUUCUUUCUCUAUUUGAUUCAUCUUGUUCAGGGUGUAUUAUCAAACUAACAUUGGCAUCUGGAGAGGUUUGAUCUUCAGAAUUACCAUGUUCAUAAGCUGGCUGUUCUUGCUGAUGGUCAGGAUAAUGCUGUUGCUGUGAAAUUGGUACCUCGUCUGACAUAUUUUAUAUUAUCGCUGCUUUCUUCUAAUGUAAGGC